AUGGCGUCAUCAACACCCAUUGAAAAGACCGACAGCAGGCCCCAGGUACGGGACGUCCCCUCGGAACACUCCAGCACCAUGGAAAGCGGCAAGGAGGACGAGAUAACCGUCGUCAAGACGAGAACACAGGAAGAGCAAGCGAUUCAUGACAUGUACCCGCACGGCGCUCGCCUGGCCGCAAUCGUCGUCUCUCUUCUUCUGGUAAUGUUCCUGGUGGCAAUCGACAACACAAUCCUCGGCACUGCCAUUCCUAAGAUCACCGACGAGUUCCAGGACAUCAACAAGGUUUCAUGGUACGGCGCUGCUUAUUUCAUGACCUUCGGCGGCUUCCAGUCGUCAUGGGGCAAAUUCUUCAAGUACUUCCACUUGAAGUUCUGGUUUCUUGUCGCCAUCUUGAUCUUUGAGGUUGGGUCGCUGGUGUGCGGUGUCGCAAAGAAUCCCACUACCUUGAUCAUCGGACGAGCAGUUGCUGGUGUUGGCGGCGCUGGACUCGCAGUCGGCGUCUUCACGAUCAUCGCUUUCGCCGCCGAGCCAAAGGUUCGACCUCAGUUGACUGGAUUGAUCGGGUCUGCCUAUGGCAUCGCUGCUGUGUUGGGACCGUUGAUGGGCGGAGCAUUCACUGAUAAGGUGUCAUGGCGUUGGUGCUUCUACAUCAACCUGCCUAUUGGUGGUCUCGCGGCUGCUUUCGUCUUCAUUUUCUUCAAGACGCCAGAACACUCGAAGCCUGUGGAAGCACCCAUGAAGGAGAAGAUCCUGCAGCUUGACCUCCUGGGUACCGCGCUCAUGAUGGGCGCGAUCGUGUCGUAUCUUCUCGCAUUACAGUACGGCGGGCAGACUCAUGCCUGGGACAGCAGUGUUGUCAUUGGCCUCCUGGUCGGCGUUCCUGCAAUCCUGGCUGUGUUCACUGCUUGGGAGUGGUAUCAGGGAGAGCGAGCUAUGAUUGUUGGCCGAAUACUGAGACAUCACUACGUCUGGACCGGCUCGGUCUACAUGCUUUUCUUCGCCGGUGCCUAUUUCGUCGUCCUCUACUACCUCCCGAUCUACUUCCAAUCCAUCCACAAUGCCUCGGCGAUCGGCUCGGGUGUUCGCAUGCUUGCCAUGAUCAUCCCGCUCACCAUCGCUGUCAUCGUCCAAGGCUUCGCCCUCAUGGCCAUUGGCAUUGUACCUCUCUUCUGGAUCUUCGGCGGCUGCGUGGCAGCUGUUGCCUCUGGACUGUUCUACACCAUGGAUGGAAGUACCGGCACAGGCAAGUGGAUCGGCUAUCAGAUUCUCUUUGGCUUCAUCGCCGGUUGGACGUUCCAAUGUGCGAUCCAGAACGCACAGGUGCACGCGAAGAUGGAAGAGAUGAGUAUCGUCUCGGCCACUGUCAACUUCUUCAUGACAAUCGGUGGCGCGCUCUUCCUCUCUGCAGCACAGUGCGCCUUCAACAACGAACUCCUCCGCAAAGUCGCCGUCACCUUGCCCGACGUUGACCCGCUCCUGGCGCUAGGCACUGGUGCAACUCAGAUCCGCGAAGUGUUCACAGGUGAUCAGCUUCCGCUCAUUCUGGACGCAUACACGGAUGGUCUGAAGUCGGUGUGGGCGAUCUGCAUUGCCGCAUUCGGCAUCGCUGCCAUCGUCGGAGCUUUCGGAAACUGGAAGAGGAUCGAUGCCGGCGCCCUCAAGGCUGCUGCCGGUGGCGCGGCAUAG